AUGAACGACUGCACGCAGGCCAAGGAAAUUACCGAGGCUGUUGCCCCGAUUUUCAUCUACCUGGUCAUCGUCAACCUGACCGUGUUGAUCUCGUGCAGCUAUGUGGCCGUCAAACUAUUUCAACAUCCGGAAUCGUACUCCGCGGCCGUAUUCCCUACAAUGUACCUCUCCCUCCCAUUAAUGUGCCUGUGGCGAUGCCCGGAAUUUCGGCCAAAAUGGGGCCGCCACCCGCGACGAGUUGGAGCCGUCCAGCUGGAGACGCAGAUCGUGGACCCAAACGAGGCGAUGCGUCACGUGCUGAACGUGUGGGAUAUGCACGCACCGCCACGGAAGCCGAAA